ACCACUUCCUGUUUGCUUCCUGGUUGCUUCUUGUUUCCAGUACUCCCACUUUCUCUUCGUUGUGUGUUUGUUCUGUGAUUCUCCGGUGAACCACGGGAGUCCGGCCGCGGUCAUGAGCGCCGUCAUUCCCCGGAUCGAGCAACUCUCCGCCCGGGUGGUCCGGGUGCUGGGCUGCAACCCGGGACCGAUGACUCUGCAGGGGACCAACACCUACCUGGUCGGCACCGGGCAAAGACGCGUGCUGAUCGACACGGGAGAAUGUGACCGGCCUGAAUACAUCAGCAGUCUGAAACAUGCUUUGACCCAGUUCAACACCAGCAUCCAGGAGAUCAUCAUCACUCACUGGCAUCACGACCACACGGGAGGCGUGGAGGACAUCUGCAGGGACAUCGCCGGUUCUGAUGUGAGAGUCAGUAAACUGCCUCGCACCGGGCAGGUCGGAGAGUCGGCUGGAGAGAAGAGCUACACCUUCCUCAAGGACGGAGACCUCGUCCAGACAGAGGGGGCUACGCUCAAAGUGCUGUUCACCCCGGGUCACAGCGAUGACCACAUGGCCCUGCUGCUGGAGGAGGAGCAGGCGCUCUUCUCUGGGGACUGCAUCCUGGGCGAGGGCACGGCUGUGUUCGAGGACCUGUACGACUACAUGAGAUCCCUGGAGGUCUUGCUGGACUCUCAGGCCGACCUCAUCUACCCCGGUCACGGCCCCGUGGUUCAGGACGCCGGCUUGAAGAUCAGACACUACAUCAGCCACCGGCAGCAAAGAGAGCAGCAGAUCCUGGCGGCCAUUCAGGACGGAGCAGGAAAACCCUUCUCCUCCAUGGAGCUCGUGAAGAUCGUGUAUAAAGACACCCCUGAACACCUGCACAGGGCAGCUAAUAUCAACUUGGUCCAUCACUUAAAGAAACUGGAGAAAGAAGGACAGAUUUGCUUGACUGAUGAGUCCUCAGAGAACAUCAAAUGGAAGAGUAACCUGUGAUGUUCACAGAGACAAUAAAGAAACAGACUCUAGAGCGUUUUUCAGACAUGUCCUGCACAGACGCUGCUCAGAUAUAUUCCAAUCUCCCACUAGAGGGCAGCAUCUGCUAAGUCAUUUUACUGGGUGAUAACUUGAGGAGUAACAUUUUAAGCUUUGCAUUUUUGUUCCUGCAAAAUUAACCAAGAAUGUUUAAAAGAUAAAAUUCUAAUGUGAAUAAAGUUGAAUGUGAAUGUGUGUUGGUGAACUUAAAGCAAAGAAUCCUCAUCAUUGUGCUGCUGGUUAUUGUUCUGACCACAAAUGAGGAUGAUUGUGUGUUUGUGAUAAUUAAGAGAUCAUUCUGAAGCAGAUAGUGAUAUAUAUCUAUAUUCUGAUAACUAAUAAUACAAAUUACUAAUGUAAAUAAAUAUAUUUGUUGUGAACCUUU